CUCUGUGCCGCCGUGGGGGUAGUACGCGCCUCGUUGUGGCUCCAUGUGAAGUUUCCUUCGCUUAUCGGUGUUACGAAAUUUGAAAAUCGAACGCUUUUGUUUUAAGUGGCAGUUUGUUUAUGGACGAAUUAUUUUGGGUUAUUUUUGAGAUAUUUUGGUUUGAAGAAGAAUGGAGCAAAUUACGAAAUAUUUGGUCAUCAUCGCGUCACUAAUGACCGUCAAGUUCACAGUGACGGGCAGUACGAAUGAAGACACACAGCCAAAAAUGGAAAGGCUGUAUUAUUCGCCGAUGUUUAUCAACGUUUGUGACAUCGUCGACCGGCGGUCCAAAGUGCACUGCUAUUGUGACAGUAACAAACCAAAAAUGGCCACAAGAGCGGACUGCUGGGUGUUCAGCGGAGGUAUUACUGAGGAAGACCUCAUCUGGCCCAGUUUUUCAUCGCAGUCGGAAAUAGAACACCUGAUGUUCAAUGUCAGGUCAGACGACGCGCUAACAUUCAUACCAGCGAAAGCUAUAGUAAGACUAGACAAACUUAAACAUAUCUCUAUACAAUUUGGAACCAUCAAAAGGAUCCCACCAUAUGCUUUCACAAAUUCUUCAACAGUCAGACAAAUCGUACUGAAAUCGAAUAAGAUUGCAACACUAGAGAAGCACUCAUUUUCACAGAUGAUGAUGCUAUCGAACUUAAGUUUGGACGAAAAUCAAAUUUCGGAAUUAAAGAGGGACGUGUUUAUUGGUUUACCUAACCUUCACGUUCUACACUUAUCGAAUAACAAUCUAAGUUUGAUACACGAAGGUUGUUUUAAACACUUGAAUAAUUUAAUAGAACUCAAUUUGGACUAUAAUUACAUAUCAGUAGUGACUAGGGAAAUGUUGGAGGGACUGGAAAACCUUUCUCGGUUAUAUUUGAGGAAUAAUAAACUGACGAUGGUUGGCAAUUUGGCUUUUAGUGAGCUGUGGGGCUUGAAGGAGCUCAUGUUAGAUAACAAUGCCAUAGAGUAUAUAUCAGAAAGGGCUUUCGGUGGCCUAGCUCAGCUGAGAAAAUUGUCGUUGUCUGGUAAUAAACUAAAAACGUUCUACGAAGAUAUAUUGGAGGACAUAAGGAGCCUGGUCGUAUUAGACCUGAGGUACAAUAUGUUGGAAGUGAUUACGUACGAGACUGUACGUCCCGUGGUGGAGAAUGACAAAUCGGCUUCAACUGCAGUUUAUUUGGAAGGUAACCCACUCAGCUGUAAUUGUCGUCUCUCGUGGAUAUACGCGUUACGCAAUGAGACCAGAGACAACACGCUGAGGCAAGCCCUCGAGAAAGUAUCGUGUGUCACCGACCUCACCGCCGACCGGCACUUGAACGACCAGGAAGAUAACGAAAAUGUCAAAGAUAAUGCCGUACCCGAAGACACUUAUGACUAUUACGAUAAAAACGACGACUACGCUGAGAAGAAAUUCACGAAAAAGGCUACAAAACUCACCGAUAUACCCUUAGAAACUCUCCCGUGCCCUAAGGAGCUCAGGCAAAAUGAGGAAUAUGGACACCCGGUCCAGAACGAGAUCAGGCUAAAAGCUUUUUCGCAUGCUGAUAAAAUCUCUCCGUGUUUAAUCUUAAUUGUAUUUAUGCUGUUGUGUUAAUUAUAAGUAUGAGACAAAGAUAUUUGUGAUAUUAGACGUUAAUUAGUAUAUUUCUCGUGUACAGAUAUAUAUUUAUUUCUGGAUGUAGAUGUCGUUGUCGCCUAUUUUGUGCGGUGGUUGGUAGAGCAAUCGUUUCGUUUAAUUAAUUCGUGUGAGCUGUUAUUUUGGAAAGCGUAUGCGCUAUGACAUAUCACUGGUACUUUUAAUCCAUUAACGUUAUUAACUGUUUAUGAAACGUUGACUGAAAAUUAAAAUCCGCAGUGCACUUGUCAUAAACAUUAAUGAAUAUGAAUAUUUGUAGUUCUAAACAAAAAAAAAGGCUUUUUCGAUACUACCUAAACCACACAAUUAUUUGUAGUAGGUACUCCUGUCAAUAACAAUCAACCAGUAAUUGGACGACCACCGCACACUUCUAUAUUUCAAAAAUAAAUGUUCUAUUUUGUUGAGCGUGUCAAGUUUCAUAAGGUGCACAGGCAAAAAAUUCAUCUCGUUAAAGAAGACUCCUAAGGGAUUAACCCAAUGUGUGAUUCAGCUAUUCGGGCAAAAUUCCGAAUGCGAGCAUCGUGAGCCCGGACGCUUAAAAUUAUCUAGCUUUCGGGAAUUUUACCAGAGGUUUAUCUACUAGGUAUAUGUUUUAGAGCGAAAACGAAACUCGGCUUUUAAUUUAAGCCGGAUUGAUGUAAAUAGUUACACAGACUUAUUUUAUUGUUGAUCGAGUACCAGGAACGUGGGAGAUUGAGUAAUGUUAAAUUGUUUUAGAUCAAAAUGUUCUAUAUUCGUACGUAUUUCAUUCGCGCAAUUAGGGUAAAAUUAAUGUUCUAUAGUAAAGAAUGCACACGUAAAUACAUGCGGCUUUUCAUUUGUGAAUUAAACUUCAUAUAGGUGAUUAAUAAACGUGGAAUGUCACGAGUGUAUGUUAAUAUUUUACUAAAAGGACUAAAGUAUGAAUUAAUUUUGUUUGAUAUAGGUAAUGAAUAUUUGAGCAUAGACUUGAAACUAUUUUCAAUCUAAUUCGGAAGGUUUUAAUAGAAACCUUUUACAGCUGUUCUCAUUACUCUCUUAAACUUAUUUGUUCUACUGUCUGACUGUACAAAAGUGAUAUUUUCA